AUGGUGGUGAGUUCCAUUGUGGACCAUUUGAUGGUGAACUCCAAUUUGGAUCAUUUGAUGAUGAACCCCAUUCUCCAUUCUGAAACAUUUGGUGAUGAACCCAAUUGCAGAACAUUUGAUGGUGAACUCCAUCGUGGAGCAGUUGAUGAUGAACCUCACUGCAGACCAUUUGACAGUCAAUCAGAGCAGUUGAUGAUGAACCCCACUGCGGACCAUUUGAUGGUGAACUCCAAUUUGCAUUAUUUGAUGAUGAAUCCCAUUUCUAAGCAUUUGGUGAUAUGCUCAAUUGUUGAACACUUGGUGAUGAACUCCAUUGUGGCCCAUUUGAAAGAGUACCCAUUCUGCAGCACUUGGUGA